AUGCUUUGCGCUUCAAACCAGGAACUCAGUGAUCUCCUGCUGCAGCUUCUGCUGAAGCUCUUUGACUCCCCUCACUGCAGUUCGCUGCUCAGAUCUGACCUGCUGCUCCACAUCAGAGCGUCUGUUCUGGAUGAGACGGAUCAGCUGAGUGAACAUCUUCUCACUGUCCUCCACUGUUUUGUCAGCAGACUGAUCGAAGGCCUCCACCUCCUGCUGGAGAAGCUUCACAUCUUGCUUUUUGUCCUGGAUUCUCUGCUGGAUUUGUUGCCGCCUCCCCUCCAGCUCUCUCUGCCUCUCAGUCCUUUCUGCUGCCGCCGACACUGUGUGGUGGCCUUUAUGUUCAUCCACAGAGCAGAGAUAACAGAUGGACUUCUGAUCGGUGCGGCAGAACAGCUUCUUCACCUCAUCGUGGACGGAGCAGAUGUUCUCCUGGAGCUUCUUGGAGGGCUCCACCAGCUUUGGAGCCACGUCAUAAUGAGGCUGAAGGUGCUCCUCACAGUAAGAGGCCACACAGCUCAAACAGGACUUGAUGGCUCUCAGUUUUCUCCCAGAGCAAAAAUCGCAGGCCACAUCUUCAGGUCCAGCAUAGCAGUGGUCAGCAGGAGCAGCUUGGAGUCCAGUCUUCUCCAGCUGCUCCACUAA